AACACGAAGGUGAGUUUUCAUCCCUUGAAAGAAAUCUGCCUUUCUCAGAUCUAGUUAUUCUGCUGCUGCAACAAAGAAAUAAUGGGUAGAGCUCCUUGUUGUGAGAAAACGGGCCUGAAAAAGGGUCCCUGGACACCCGAAGAAGAUAAAGUUCUUGUUGAAUAUAUUCAGAAAAAUGGCCAUGGAUGCUGGCGUUCUCUUCCCAGACAGGCUGGGCUUCUUCGGUGUGGAAAGAGUUGCCGCCUACGUUGGACUAAUUACCUGAGACCUGAUAUCAAGCGAGGCCGAUUUCAACCAGAAGAAGAAAGAACUAUCCUUCAGCUGCAUGCAAUUCUAGGCAACAGGUGGUCCACAAUAGCUUCCCAGCUGCCGGGGAGAACAGAUAAUGAGAUCAAGAACUUCUGGAAUACCAACUUGAAGAAAAAGCUGUUAGGAAUGGGACUGGAUCCUUCCACCCAUGCACCCAAAUCUGAGAUACCAAGCGCAAAUGGGUCACAGGGAUCUCAGUCCACAGCUCUCCUGAGGCACGUCUCACAGUGGGAGAUUGCAAGGCUUGAAGCCGAAGCAAGGUUAUCUAGAGAAUCAAUCCUCUCAUCUUCAUCUUCCUCCUCUAACAAUAAGUUGAGGGGAAAUGAUAAUGCAGAGGCCAAUUCCACCGGACCCACUGAUAUUUUUUUGAAGCUUUGGAACUCGGAAUCCGGCAUGACUUUCAGGAAGGAGACUGUUAUUAACAAUAGCAAUAGUGAGGAUCCUCAUGGAAUUGAUCAUAAUCUAGGGAAUGCAUUUUCAUGGACCGAUACAAGUCCCCACGUUAUGCUAAGCCCAGUUUCAUCGUUUUGCUCUGAUUUUAACUCAGAUCAGCUUCUUAGUGAUCACACAAAUGGAAUUAUUCACAAGGAAGACAAUUCAGCUGAUUGGAUUGCUAUUGCAGAAUCCCAUGAUCCUUCCUGUAAGAUAAUUAUGAGCGGCCAAACAGAAAGCGAGAAGCCCCCUACCCACGAGGACCCCUCUAGCUCUGAUGAUGCUGUUCAUAACCAUGACAUACAAGGCUUGGCGGACUUGCUUCUGAGUUCCCCUAUUAACGGUACUGCUAAUAAGACCAGAGACAAUAACUGCAACAUGGGAGAACUGAGAACGAACUCUGAGCUGCAGUCUGCAUGGGGAUGGCAAGAAUUACGGCUAGAUGAGGACAACGAUUACUGGAACAACGUACUUGGAGUUCAUGCUCACACAUCAUCUGCACAAACUUGAUAAUCCAGCAUUUGAGUGUAC